CCUCACUCAGACACACACACACACCUACCCCCACCACACACAAACAAUCUAGCCGGACCGAAAACCGGCAGCUACACCAGCAUUCUGUCUACUCAUUCGGCCCCUCUCUCUCCCUCCCCCUCUCUCUGUCUUUGUCAUCAUGGCCAGUGGCCACUCAUCCAUUCGCAUACACUCACUCAUGCACAGUCAGCAGGUGAAUUCGCGUGUGUCCAUGUGCUCAUAAAAGCAAAGAAGACAUCCACCGCAUGCUUUCCGUGAAUGCGAUCAGGCUCUUCACCAAUCAAAACAGUCAGCCCCCCUCCCACCACACACAUAUAUCUGUCCUUCAUCCCCUCAUCCCACCACCCUCCCUCUGUUGAUGACGUCAUGCUCGAGGCUGAAGUGCCUCAGCACGGCACGCCAGCGGGGCAUCGAUGUGGGGAAGCGGACGUCGAGCGGCUGAGACCGAUCGCCAACAGACCGCUCGGUCGUCCACAGACUGAUCUCGCCCCCUGCCUCACACAAAUAGGCAGCGACGGUCUCACCUGGCCGGAAGCCGCUCACAACCACUUCACGAUAGUCGGCUGGGUUGGCAUGAUGCACGUUGCCGCGGUCGCAGCGGUAGUCCACAGUGACGCCCCCCUGCUGCUCGCUGAUUGCCUCUGUCCGCAGACGGCGACAGCGGGGGUCAUCACGGGUGGGAGCGAAGGGAAGGCCGAUGAGAGCGAUGGGAGCAUCCAGCACGAGCCCGCGGCCCACCCCCUCCUCAUGGUGCCACCACGUGAAUAGCGCGCUCAGGAGGAAUGACGAGAAGGAGCGGUAGAGCCAGAAGUCCGAUCGGAUGACGGAAUCGCUCGUCUCGCGGAUGACGGGAUCAGUCCGCUUGUAGCUGUCGGUGUAGCUAUGGCCGGCCGGCAGGUCACCCAACGGCACCACACGGAACGACACAUUGCCGAUCCGAUAGGCACCUUUGUUGUCGGCUUGCUGCACCGCCAGGCUCUGUCCGUUGUGGGUGAGCAUAUGGCCGAUGGUCUUGUAGAGGGUCAUGGCGAGCGGCAGCUGGUGGAAGGCUGUUCGGGAGGGCAGUGCAUCAGCCGACAGCCGCAGGGGCAGAGUGGCAUUGGGGGUGAGCCCAUAUAUGGCGGCCAGCCGAAUGAACCGCCCCAUCUCCCGCCACUCGCCGCCACUGCCCUGCUCCAGCAGAUGCACCAUCCUCAAGCCGUCCUCAAGACCACCGACGUCGAAGACCAGGACGUCGUCGAGCCCCAGACGACCGACGGCCUCCUCUAUGCGCUGCUCGACGAGUGUGAGCGCGGUGCUGGCCUCGGCCUGCGGCAAUCUGACGAUGCACUGACGAAGUUUGGCGCGUCUGUCGGGGUGGGGUGACAUGGCCAUGUCUGCCGCCCUGGUGAUGGCAAGGUCGGGCAGAGAGGGAACUGCCGGAGGGGCGGCGGGGGGCUGGGGAGUGGAGGGGGGCAUCUGAUGCGACGACGACGACGCCAU